ACAGGAGCAGAAGCAAAAGAGAUUUUGGAAAUCAGUGGAUUGCCUUCAGGAGGUGAAGACUCAUCAGGCAUGGUAUCUGGGAGUUUAGACAUCAGUGGUGAGCCUUCUGGGCAUGUAGACUUUGGUGGGAGUGUUUCUGGAGUGCUCGAGAUGAGCGGACACCCGAGUGGAGUGAUUGACAGCAGCGGAGAAGUCUCUGGAGUUGAUGUCACCAGUGGCCUACUGUCUGGAGAGGAAAGUGGACUCACCUCUGGCUUUCCCACAGUCUCUCUUGUGGAUACCACUUUGGUGGAAGUUGUAACACAUACAUCAAUUGCACAAGAGGUGGGAGAAGGGCCAUCCGGGAUGAUAGAAAUCAGUGGAUUUCCUUCUGGAGACAGAGGACUAUCUGGAGAAGGGUCUGGAGCUGUGGAGACUAGUGGGUUUCCUUCAGGGACAGGAGACUUCAGUGGAGAGCCAUCCGGGAUCCCGUACGUCAGUGAAGACAUUUCUGGAGCCACAGAUCUAAGUGGACAAUCUUCAUCAGUGACUGAUAUUAGUGGGGAGGCCUCAGGGCUUCCAGAAGUCACUUUAGUCACUUCUGAUUUAGUAGAAGUUGUGACAAGACCAACAGUAUCACAGGAACUUGGUGGGGAAACAGCUGUCACAUUUCCCUACGGUUUUGGGCCAAGCAGUGAGGCCUCUUCAUCUGGUGAACUAAGUGGGGAAACAUCUGCAUUGCCAGACAGUGGUGUAGAAACAUCAACAGCUUAUGAGAUCAGUGGUGAAACAUCUGCAUUUCCUGAACCUAGCAUAGAAACAUCAACAAUUCAAGAAAUCAGUGGAGAAACAUCUGCAUUUCCUGAAAUUAUCAUAGAAACAUCCACAAGUCAAGAAGCCAGGGGUGAAACAUCUGGCUAUCCUGAAAUUAGCAUAGAAACAUCCACAGUUCAAGAAGUAAGUGGGGAAACCUCUGCGUUUCCUGAAAGUGGCACAGAUACAUCCACCAUACAAGAAAUCAGUGGGGAAACGUCUGCAUUUCCUGAAAUUAGAAUAGAAACAUCCACCAUUCGAGACAUCAGUGGGGAAACGUCUGCAUUUCCUGAAAUUAGAAUAGAAACAUUCACAAGUCAGGAGGCCAGGGGUGAAACAUCUGGCUAUCCUGAAAUUAGCAUAGAAACAUCCACAGUCCACGAAACCAGUGGAGAGACAUCUGCCUUUCCUGAAAUCAGCAUAGAAACUUCAACAGUCCAUGAAAUUAGCGGAGAAACAUCUGCCUUUCCUGAAAUUAGCAUAGAAACAUCCACAGUCCAUGAAAUUAGUGGGGAAAGUUCUGCAUUUCCCGAAAUUAGAAUAGAAACAUCCACAAAUCAAGAAGCCAGGGGUGAAACAUCUGGUUAUCCUGAAAUUAGCAUAGAAACAUCCACAGUCCAUGAAACCAGUGGGGAAGCAUCUGCAUUUCCCAAAAUCAACAUAGAAACUUCGACGGUCCACGAAAUCAGUGGAGAAACAUCUGCCUUUCCUGAAAUUAGAAUAGAAACAUCCACAAGUCAAGAAGCCCGGGGUGAAACAUUUGCCUUUCCUGAGAUUAGCAUAGAAACUUCUACAGUCCAUGAAAUCAGUGGGGAAACAUCUGCAUUCCCAGAAAUUAGCAUAGAAACACCAACAAGUCAAGAAGCCAGGGGUGAAACAUCUGCCUAUCCCCAAACGAGCAUAGAAACAUCCACAGUUCAAGAAGUAAGUGGGGAAACCUCUGCGUUUCCUGAAAUUAGAAUAGAAACAUCCACAAGUCAAGAAGCCCGGGGUGAAACAUCUGCAUUUCCUGAGAUUACCAUAGAACCAUCCACAGUCCACGAAACCAGUGGAGAAGCAUCCGCAUUGCCUGCUGCUAACAUCGAAACAGCUGCCACAUCUUUGGCCGGUGGUGAGCCCUCUGGUGCUCCCGAGGAGAAGGAAAUUCCUGACGUAACAUCUGGAGCUGUGACACACUCGAUUGCAGGCAUUUCAGGGGAAACCUCUGUCCCAGACGUUGUAAUUAGUACCAGUACUCCAGAUGUUGAACCAACACAGGGACCCAGGAACCCUGAAGAGGCUCAGCUCGAAAUAGAGCCCUCCCCUCCUGCAGUGUCAGGACAAGAGACAGAGACAGCUGUUGUUCUAGACAAUCCCCAUCUGCUGGCCACCGCUACUGCUGCCCUGCCUCAAGUCUCACAAGAAGCAAUAGACGCAUUAGGACCCACUAGAGAAGACACUGAUGAGUGCCACUCAAGCCCCUGUCUGAAUGGAGCUACCUGCGUUGAUGGCAUCGACUCUUUCAAAUGCUUAUGCCUUCCCAGCUACGGAGGGGACCUGUGUGAGAUCGACCUGGAAAACUGUGAGGAAGGCUGGACCAAGUUCCAGGGCCACUGCUACAGGCACUUUGAAGAGAGAGAGACUUGGAUGGAUGCAGAGACCAGAUGCCGACAACAUCAAGCCCACCUGAGCAGUAUCAUCACCCCAGAGGAGCAAGAAUUUGUGAACAGCCACGCGCAGGACUACCAGUGGAUCGGCCUCAGCGACAGAGCUGUGGAGAACGACUUCCGCUGGUCCGACGGGCACUCCCUGCAAUUUGAGAACUGGAGGCCCAACCAACCCGACAACUUCUUCGCGGCGGGUGAGGACUGCGUUGUGAUGAUCUGGCACGAGCAAGGCGAAUGGAACGACGUCCCCUGCAACUAUCACCUCCCUUUCACCUGCAAGAAAGGAACAGUGGCCUGCGGGGACCCCCCAGUGGUGGAGAACGCCAGGACCUUCGGUCGGAAGAAGGACCGCUACGAAAUAAACUCCAUGGUGCGGUACCAGUGCAACCAUGGCUACAUCCAGCGCCACGUGCCCACGAUUCGGUGCCAGCCCAACGGGCAGUGGGAGGAGCCGCGGAUAUCUUGCAUAAACCGUACGUCUCGAGCCCUUCACCUUCGGGAUAGGGCUGAUGCAUCCCUGCAGCUGGGAGAAGGAGCUGGGAAUGAGGGGGAGCAUCGCCCUGGGGUGCAG